AUGACCAAUUAUAUACUAUUCUCUUAGCUGUUCGCUAUUCUCCUCGUUAACUUGGCCUCAGCGGCGCCACAGAACUCGCCCACUUUGGUGCCACACAUCCGUACCAAUGGCUUCCAGCUGGAGCCCCUCAAUCAGGAGUAUUUUCUCAGAAUCGAGCAGCCGGGUGGAAGCAUUCGCCAGGAGACGGUGAAACAGAACGAAGCCGGUCAUUUGCAGGUUACUGGAGUGAUCAAUCAGCCCUACGAGGAUCAUGGUGCCCAUCUUGUGGUCACCUAUGAAGCAGGUCCCAAUGGUUACGUGGCAAAGUAUAGCUAUGGCAAGGGACCUCCGACUCCGCCGCCCCAAUUUCCUCUGUUCCUUAGUGCAAAUGCCCUAAAAACGGCCACUGGAUGA